AUGCCUCAGCCCAACCACAGCUGUCAGGUGCCCACCAUCAGCCUGCAGAGCUUCUUCGAGGCUGAAGCCGACUGCUCUGACUUGGAGGAGCUCAGCAGCAACCUGCGAGUCUUGGACCUCGCAAGCCAGCUGCGUGCAGCCUGUGAAGAGGUUGGCUUCUUCGUCGUGACGGAACAUGGCGUGAGCAAAGAUUUGAUGGAAGGCUUCCGCCAGGAAUGCACAGCCUUCUUCCGCCGCAGCCCGCAAUCGAAUGUGCUGAACAUGGUGUGCGGAGUGGACAGCCGCUUCGUUUGGCUGGACUAUGUCCCUGCCGAGUCUGAGAAGGUGGGCGAUUCCAAGGAUGGCAGCUUCUCGUUGGGCCCUGUACAGGGACGAGGCAGUCUGCCUUGGCAGUUGGACCGCAAAGAGCUGUCAGAUACAUGGGCGAUGUACUAUGCAGCAAUGGAAGACUUGGUCUUCACCCUUAUGAAGCUGUUUGCCCUUGCCAUGCAGCUCCCAAUGGACACCUUUGCGACUGCCUUGAACGAGCAUCGAUCAUCGAUGCGAGCCAUUUUUUAUCCCAGCGUCUCAGAGGAGGAUUUGAAGGCUGCAGGGGGCACCGUCGUCAGAUCGCCAGAGCAUACGGACUGGGGAUGUGUCACGGUUUUGCUGGCAGAUCCAGCUGUAAGCGGCCUGGAGGUCUGUGACAAG